UCUCGCGAUAUUUGCGUGGAGGGUGCGUGCGGCUCAGUAUGGCAGCUGUAGCUUUAACACACUGCCGAAGACGAGCUUUUCAGGUGUUGGGUAAUGGAGCAGUCCAGCUUCUUUCACCUAAAUGUUUUCAGGGAGCCAGACAGAAGUCCAGUACGGUGCAGUACGCCUCCCGGCCGGACCUCCCCAAGCUGGCUUACCGCAGAGUGAAAGGGAAGAGUCCAGGCGUGAUGUUCCUGCCCGGAUUCGGCUCUAACAUGAACGGACCAAAAGCAGAAGCUUUAGAGGAAUUCUGCAGGUCUUUAGGUCAUUCGUAUCUGAGGUUCGAUUAUUCCGGUCACGGAGCUUCGGAAGGCGUUUUUUCCGAGGGAACGAUCGGAAGCUGGAAGAAAGACGUUCUCUUCAUGUUGGAUGAAGUUGCAGAAGGUCCUCAGAUUCUGGUGGGCUCCAGCAUGGGCGGCUGGCUGAUGCUGCUGGCCGCUAUCGCUCGCCCCGAGAAGACCAAAGCCCUGGUGGGCAUUUCCACAGCAGCCGAUCAUUUCGUCACAGCGUUUAAAUCACUUCCUCUGCAAACGAGAAAGGAGUUCGAAGAUCAGGGCGCAUGGAAAAUCCCGACCAAAAGCAACGAGGAAGGUGUGUACACCAUUAGCAUGGACUUGCUGAAGGAAGCCGAGAACCACUGCCUGCUGCACAGCCCCAUCCCCAUCACCUGCCCCGUGCGCCUCAUCCACGGCCUGAAGGACCAAGACGUGCCCUGGCACAUCUCCAUGCAGGUCGCGGAGCGCGUGCUGAGCAACGACGUGGACGUCAUCCUCCGGCGCCACGGGCAGCACCGCAUGGCCGACAAGGACGACAUCAAGCUCAUGGUGUACACCAUCGACGACCUCAUCGACAAGCUGACCACCAUGGCAUGAACGGCCAGAACUUCCCGAGAAAACCUGUUUCCUUAGUGCCUUCAUUUACUGCGUUAUUUUUUUUUACACUUCAUUAUCAGAUUAGUGUCUGAUUAAAGCUGCUCUUUUGUUUGUUUUUUUGUCAGUAUUGGUCGUUAGUGCAGUUUCCCGUGCCUUCUUUACCCCGUGCAUCAUUGCUAACCAAAUAAAUCUUGUUCUAUCCGUUGUAUUUUUUUCUCUCUGUUUAUAAACCAUUCACCAAACCGUGA